AUGUCGAAACAUCGUCUGCGAUAUCUUCUUAUCCUCGACUUUGAGGCCACAUGUGGUGAUCGUGUCGAAGGAGAGAAUGAAAUCAUAGAGUUCCCGACUCUUGCGUAUAACUUGGAACGAGACGAGGUUGAAGCGACUUUCCACGAGUAUGUCAGGCCUCUGAUUCAUCCAACGUUGACUCCAUUCUGCAUCGACCUUACGGGCAUCGCGCAGCACGUUGUCGAUGCUGCCGAUCCCUUCCCUGUCGUUUGGGAGCGCUUUCGACAGUUCAUUGAAGGCAGCGACUUCCUGAAGGAUCCCGCUGAUUAUGUUUUCCUAACGUGCGGCAACUGGGAUCUCGGGAGCAUGCUUCCUCGUCAGCUCAAGCUAAGUGACAGCGAGCAUAGUCUCGAUACAUCCGGGAACCUCAUCGCUCCAUACAAUCGCUUCGUUAACGUCAAGAACUCCUUCCGGAGACAUUAUCGGCUCCGCUACCAGCAGGGCAUGAUGGGGAUGUUGCAGACCUUGAAGCUAUCUCUCGAAGGCAGACAGCAUUCGGGGAUAGACGACUGCAAGAACAUCCUUCGCAUAAUCCGUCGGAUGCGUUCCGACGGUUGGGAUCCUUCGCAGGACGUGUAG